GGCCAAUAAGCAUGGCGGAAGAGGGAGCGACCGCGGAAGGGCGGAGAGAGAGGCAGGUGAAGGCGAGUAAGAGGCGGAGCCUGGGGCCCCCGGGCCCAUAGGAAUGGCCUUUGCCCAUACUGUGCCCUCUGCCUAGCAUGGCUACCCCUCCACUUCUACCUGACUCACUUCUGCUGUCCUUCAUGAAGCCAUUCCCAUAGUCCAGGACAAGACUGCUGCUGUGCCCUCUGCUUCUGGGCUCCUGACCAGCUGCCAGAGCCAGUGCCUUGCCCCAGGAGACUGAAGACAUGGCACCCAAGAGGGCCAAGAGAAGGGCAGCAGAGGGCGGAAGCUCCAAUGUCUUCUCCAUGUUCGACCAGACUCAGAUCCAGGAGUUCAAGGAGGCCUUCACCGUAAUCGACCAGAACCGUGAUGGCAUUAUUGACAAAGAGGACCUUCGGGACACUUUCGCAGCCAUGGGCCGCCUCAAUGUGAAGAAUGAGGAGCUCGAUGCCAUGAUGAAGGAGGCCAGCGGUCCCAUCAACUUCACUGUCUUCCUGACCAUGUUCGGGGAGAAACUCAAGGGUGCUGACCCUGAGGAUGUGAUCACUGGAGCCUUCAAGGUCCUGGACCCCGAGGGGAAGGGCACCAUCAAGAAGAAGUUCCUGGAGGAGCUGCUUACCACGCAGUGUGACCGCUUCUCCCAGGAGGAGAUCAAGAACAUGUGGGCGGCCUUCCCCCCCGACGUGGGCGGCAACGUAGACUACAAGAACAUCUGCUACGUCAUUACGCAUGGAGACGCCAAGGACCAGGAGUAGAGAACCCUCGUGGGCCUCUGCCAGCCAACGCUUACAGCCAGUCUGACCCCUACCCCGACUCCCAAUAAAAUUCAGCUGGUCUUUGUUUCUUA